AUGUCCUCGUAUGAUAGACAAGGCGACCAUGUUCCACUUCUUCACGAAGACCCGCACUACAGGGAGGAGGAUGCUGCUGCAUAUGACGGGUCUUCAGGCGUCGUCACCACUGAAUCCAGGCCAGCUAGCCCGCUUACUCACUCUCCCACCCUUGAUCCCUUUGCAUCUGAAGAGCCCAAUGUUUCUCGGACACUCCCAGAGACUGCUACUUUCGGUCGGAACCUAGGUUGGUUCCAUGUUUACAGCCUAGUCGUCUCGAGAAUCAUCGGAUCGGGAAUCUUCGCCACGCCUGGGAGUAUCUAUCGCUCCGUCGGAAGUGUUGGUUUGUCACUGAUACUCUGGGUCGUUGGAGCUGCAAUUGCAGUAUGUGCUCUAACGGUUAGCUUGGAAUACGGUUGUAUGCUGCCUAGAAGUGGAGGCGAUAAGGUGUAUCUGGAGUUCACGUAUUCGAAGCCAAAAUACUUGGCAAGUAUUGUCUUCGCCUUUUACACGAUAUUUUUAUACUCAGUGGCGAGCAACUGUAUUGUUUUUGGCGAAUAUUUGACAUUCGCCCUAGGCCUCCCACCUACCAAGCUAGCGAACAGAGGAUUCGCAUUGCUCCUACUGACAUCGCUGGUUGUUAUCGCCCGAGGGGAUGGCACAAAUGAUCGAAGUUCGCUAUUUGAAGGGAGCAUCUGGGGGUGGGGCAGCAUGUCAACCGCCGUUCUGAAAAUAACCUAUGCCUACAUGGGGUUUGCAUCUGCAAAUGAUGUCAUGAACGAAAUCAAGAACCCAGUCCGGACGUUGAAGACUGCGACAACGGCUGCCCUUGCUACGGUGUGCCUAAUGUACUUUUUCGUCAAUAUGGCAUACUUUUCUGUCGUUGACGGCGAGGACAUAAGAAAUAGUGGUGAACUAAUUGCGGGUCUAUUCUUCGAGCGUGUUUUCGGUUAUAGCGUCGGCAGGCGAGUACUCUCUCUGGCUGUUGCAGUUUCGACUGCUGGCAAUGUAAUGGUCGGGUUAUUCUCACAGUCUCGUCUGAACCAAGAAGUCGCCCGACAAGGGGUUAUACCAUUUAGCAAAUUCUUCGCUUCUUCGAAACCCUUCAAUGCCCCGCUAGCAGCCCUUUCCAUAAACUUUAUUCAGGCAUUUUUCAUCAUCACUUUCACGCCCCCAGCAGAUAUAUACGCCUUCAUUCUAGAUGUUCAAUCUUAUGCGCAACAGUUUGUAGCUUUAGCGGUCGUCAUUGGGUUGAUACUUUUACGUCGAAAGCAGCCGGACCUGAAACGACCGUACAAAGCACCAUCUGCCGCAGUGGUCGUUAGAAUCGCGACCUGUGUGGCUCUUCUAAUUGCACCAUUCAUUCGACCGGCAGGUGGGAAGGGAGAUGUAAGGUUCUGGUAUGGAACAUAUGCGGUCGCCACAGUUUUAGUGUUCUUCGUGGCAGGGUCGUAUUGGUAUAUUUGGACUGUCUAUUUGCCCACGAAAGGGAGAUACGAACUAGUUGAGCGGCCAGAAGUACUCGACGAUGGGACGACUGUCACAACCCUAGUGAAAGAAUCUCGAACUUAG